GGUGGCAGUGAGAGGCUUUGGGCAGACGUGCUGGGCAAUGGUGGCCGGAGCUCCUGUUAGGAUGGGCUUUCUCUGGGCCCUGGCUCUGCCCCUUUUCUUCUGCGAGGCUGGGGCCCCCAGGAGCUCUGCAGGCCCUAGCACCAGCAGACCAGGCCCUUUGGUGACAACAAACCACAUAGAAGUGACUACCAUGACUCCGGGGAUCAAGACAAGUUCACAGGGAGACUUCCAGAUGACUGACCUUGUUGAGACCUCCGUGCAAAGCCACAUCCCUUUGGAAACUCAAACCCUGAGCACCCAGACCUUUGAUAGGACCUUAAUCCUGGCCAGCACCAUUUCAGAUGCAGAGAUCAGGGAAACCAAGACCAUUUUUCCUGCAACAGAGACCAGGGCCUUCACAAAAAUGAUACCUUCCAAAUUCAUGGUUGUGAUCACCACUCCUAUGGAGGCAUCAGCCGCAAGUGGCAGCCCCACAGGAACUGGAAUGACUACAGUUGAGACGGUUAUAGGCACCGAUCUCGUGGAAUCUGUCUUUGACACCCUUUGUACCGAUGACAGCUCAGAAGAGGCAAAGAAGAUCGUAAUUGACAUCUUGACAUUGGCUCACACCUCUGCAGAAGCCGAGGCCCUGACCUCGGAGAGCAGCGCCUUCUCUGACAGCUCGGUUAUGGCCAUUGCCACCUCACAGGCCCUGGCAUCUGACACCACUGUUCCGGCUAAAGCCUUGCUUGCCUACACCAUCACCGACACUGAGGUUACCAAUUGCAGCAUUGUAGAAAUAGAAACAACUGCCACCACUCCCGGGACCUUGGACACAGAUCAUGAUCCCACAGGAGGAAAGGCCCUGUCAGCCUCUGAGGUGUCAGCUUUGCUUGAUUCCACUGAAUCAGAAUCAGACUUCACCAAGACCAUGACAUCUGCUGAGACCGUGUCAGGAGCCAGAGGCACAGAACCAGUCAUGCCUGAUACCACAGUUGAGACCCCGCUACCUGUUAAUAGCACCAUAGAAGGAGAAACAGCAGCAGCCAAGACCACUACCCCCAGCACAACUUUGGUGACAGUCAGCACGAACCCCUUGGAAGAAACUUCAGCCUUCUCUAUUGAGACAAGUCACACCGAGGUCUCAGUUACAAUCUCCACAGGGACUGGGUCAACUGUGAGCAAAGUGGCUCCCCCUGCUGGACUCUCAGAUAGGGCCUACAGCCACACCCAAGCAACCACUAGCAAGAACUCCAUCCCCUCAGAGACUUCAACCACAGACAGCACAACCAAUGGGUCCAUCCCCAUCAGCAGGAACACCUUUCCUUCUGUGCAUCUGACUGUGGCCAACAGCAGCCCAGAGGCAAAUAUCACCUUAGUCAAGACCACAGCCUUAGCAAAGACCUUGAAGACAGCCAGCAUGACUGAAUGGAAGCCCCCAACAGCCAUGCCCACCACUGCUCAGACAAGGUGGACCACAGAAGUUACUGCAGGUGGGGAUGGAGGCUUUUUUCUUCUGCGGCUGAGUGUGGCCUCUCCAGAAGACCUCACUGACCCUAGAGUGGCAGAGAGGCUGAUGCAGCAGCUCCUCCAUGAACUGCAUACCCACAUGCCUCCCAUCCAAGUGUCUCUGCUGCGUGUCAAGAAGGAUUAAGGAACAUCAGCUGUGGCCAGGCAUGGUUGUGUGCCAAAGGGGGAAGUGCUGCUGGUGGUCUGGGCCCCCCAUAGACUAGAGCCAAGUUACUGUGCUGAGAUAUACCUGGGAGCUUCCCAGGAGGUCAGCUGGCCUAAGCCCUUUUCCCAGACCUGGCAGCAGGACCCUGACUCACAUAUGCCUGAGUGUGUGGGGGUCUGGGUGGGGGGUGUUCCAAAGAUGUUCUUGGACUUCCUUUGGCACAUGUGUUGUGUUUCAGUAAAGAGUGACUUGAUCACCCAUCUGUCACCUGCUUUGUGCUUCCAUUGGACAUUAAUAUUAUAUUCAGUGUGGUCCAGAGAUUA